AUGGAGGGCCGUCGAGCGUUGCGUGUGCCCACAUUUCUCGAUGACGACGACAACCUCCUACUCGAUGACGCUAACACCCAAGUGGAGAACCGAUGCUGGAAGUGUCGAGGUACUGGCCUACUGCAGGACAACCCCGUCGACUGGCUUCAUGCCAACCAUCAUCUCACCCUCACUUUAGACGAAUAUCAAUUGGAGGACGCACCUCUGCUGAAUGAUGAUAGAAUUGGGCAUCUGUCUGUGAAGAACUUUCAUUGCCAUGCAUACAAUCAGCAGGAUAAUAAUACGCAUGCAUUUCGGACGUUAUGCAUUGUAUCAGUCAUUUGUUUUCUAUUUAUGAUAUUGGAGAUUGUGGGCGGUCAUAUUGCUGGCAGUUUGGCUGUGAUGACGGAUGCGGCGCAUUUAUUUUCGGACAUUAUCGGGUUUUUAGUGUCGAUCAUAUCGAUAUGGAUUAGUAAAAGAGCGAGGACAAGAAAAAUGACGUUUGGUUUUUAUAGAGUUGAAGUUAUGGGUGCUUUUAUCAGUGUACUUAUUGUUUGGUUAUUGGCUGGAAUCUUCUGCGUCAUUGCAAUUGGAAGAAUAAUCCGAAGAGAUUUAGAUAUUGAAGUCAACACUAUGUUAAUUGUAGCAUCAUUUGGUGUUGUCAUCAAUAUAUUAAUGGGUGCAUUAUUACAUGGUUUGUGUAUCGGAGGUUCAGCACACAAUCAUUCACACGGCGGUGGUCUCUUUAGUCACAAUCACUCGCAUUCACAUGGAGAUAAUAUUAAUAUCCGCGCUGCAGCCGCACAUGUCAUCGGUGAUCUUUUGCAGAGUUUAGGCGUACUGCUCGCAGCCAUCGUAAUAAAAGUGUAUCCGCAGGCGGCGAUUGCUGAUCCUAUAUGCACUGUGCUGUUUUCUGUGAUAAUCGUCGUGGUGACAUUCAAAGUCGCAAGGGAUUCGAUACUAGUGCUCAUUGAAGGCACAAAUAUCGAUACUGCUAGUAUCGCUGAUGAAUUGCGAACUGUAACUGGUGUUGUACAAGUGCACAGUUUGCAUGUAUGGUGUCUAGCGCCAGGAAAAGAAGCGGUUGCGGUUCAUUUAGCAGUUGAUGAAACUAAUGACAGAGAUGUGAUUUUAAAUAAUGCUACAAACAUUGUUCGACGAAAAAUGAAUGCAAUCACCUGCGCCAUACAAAUUGAGCCCUAUGAUCAUGAACAAAUGUCCAUCUGCCUUGACUGUCAACAUUGACAAUACAUCUCAUUCGUUUCUAGUGCAGGUAAAGUCCUUAUAGCAUCACAUUAUCGCCCUGAAGUCUUUCUGGAAGAGUAACUAGUACAUAUUUAUGUUAACAUGACAGGGUAAAACAUAUUUAGGUAAAUUCAAAGAAGAUGUACAAAUUCAAAUGCAUUUAUAUGUACAUAUAUAUUUUUAGAAAUCAAAUUUAUGUUGUAUCAUGUUGUAUUUUGCGAAGUAGCAAUAAUAUAAUUUUACUGGAACGUUACAA